AUGUGGAAGCUUCAUACAAAGCUAAAGCUUCUUACCAAAAGACUCAGUCAGUGGUCAAGAGAAACUAUUAGGAACAUUCAUGAACAAGUUAUUAAUUGGGAAGAAAAAGUGCAAAGGUUAGAAGAACUGGAGAUUGCCAAUAACACUGAGGCUGAGAGAACAGAGACCAAUAAAGCUCAUGCUGAAUACAUUUGUAAGAUUGUAGAGAAAAGAAGAAGAUUGCACCUGGAUAGAAUCAAGAAUCAUAAAGGAAAGUGGAUUACAGGGGAGGAUAAGAUUUCUAAAGCUGCCAUUAGACAUUUUAAUGGCCUUUUCAAUCUACCGGCAUCAAGUCUGGACCCUAGCAUUCUGGAAUGCAUCACCAACAGGAUUACAGAUAAAGAGAAUAUCACCCUUAAAGACACUCCAACUGAAGAGGAAAUCAAACAUGCUGUCUUCAAUUUAUGUGCAUAUAGUGCUGCAGGACCAGACGACUAUAAUGGAACUUUCUUUCAAAGUUGUUGGGAUAUCAUCAAGGAAGACAUCAUUGCAUUUGUACUGGAAUUCUUCAGAGUUCUUUGGAAAUUUGAUUUCUGUGAACUGUGGUUUGACAUGAUUCUGAAUCUCUUAUCUGGCAUUUGA